AUGGCAAAUUUGACAUCUUUCUACAUCUACAAGGUUAUUCCGUCUACUUGCCCCGUGCGGGAACCACUUCCUGAGCGACUUCCGGUCAGCCGUGGCGAUCAAGAUUCGGGUUUUAUCCGCCUCCUAACGGCGCGGCAAGUACCAAUUGCCCUCAAAACAAUAUUUAAAAGCGAGCCAAUGGUAUAUAUCUUGCGUAUUUUGUACAAAAAAAUUAUGCAAGACAUUCUUUGGGAGCCAGCGGACGGUGCAGUGAGCGAGGCUCUUCCCGAAGAGGCAUUCUGCCCACAUUUGUAUAAUGGGCUCAAUCUUGGGCAAGACCAUGUUGAGAGCAUGGCUGUGUGGAUAAACGAAAAUGGAUGGGAAGAAGUUCCAAUGCAGGCAGGCCCGUGGCUUUUAGAUUAA